GAAUAACAAUAUCGUUUGUUUUCUUACGUGUUUUCUUUUAUAGUGCGCAAUGGCUGCUAUCAGAUCUGUUUUACUGCUGGCAUUCAAUAUGGUUCAAUCAGGAGAAAAAUAAAAGCCUCAAAGUGCGAGUUAUCUCAUAAUUUAAUGUUUUUCACACAAUGGAUAAUCAUCGAAGGAAGCCCUUGAAUUGGCUGCAUAACUUUAACAUAAGCGAGACUCGGAAGUAUAAAGGAUACACUAUCUAUAAAAUUACCUCCAUUGUUUUCCCACGUCACCUGCCGGAGGCCCUAAUUAGUGUGACACGUUGGAAACGGUUUAGCGACAUUAAAAAGUUGUACAAAGAGCUCGCCCGUAAACAUCGGGACCGUCAUCUUGCUGGAAAAGUUCCCACGCUGUCGGAAAAAACCUACUUUAAACGAUUCGAUCCCAGAAUUAUCGAGGAACGCAAAAACUACAUCCUCGAGCUGUUGGACUUUGUCGGCAAGGAACCGGUUCUGUAUCAAUCGUAUGCAUUUAUAAAAUUUUUCGAACAAGGCAUUUCACCGGAGGGCACGCCGGUGAAGGGUGGAAAUAUUGCCGCCAUCUGUGAAGAUCUGGACAUCCCCGUGCCGAAGGAGAUCGAGUUGGUGGAUCCUAGCAGAGAUGGGAGUGGCGCACCGGAAGAGGUUGAUGAAGGUGGGGAGGAUAUUUUGAGUGUUCACGUGGAAUCGUUGCAGUCCGGGAAUGGUUCAAUGGAAAACUCGACGCAUUCGCUAGCGAGUGAAGAAAGUGAUGGGUCGGAAGUGGUGGAUGGUAAGGUUGAAGCUUUGGAGUCAGCAGACGGUUCUCCGUCCGAGGAAGAUCCUUCGGCGGAUUAUAUUGUUCAAGCUGCUAUUAUAUUUAGUCGGGCCAUGGAAGCGGAAGCUAACGGAGACUAUAAAGUUGCCUUUGAAGAGUACAAGGCUGGUAUCUAUCGGUUGCUUUCGGGGGCAAAAAGCGAUACAAAUCUGACACGGAAACAAAUGGCUAAAGAGAAGACUUGCAAAUAUGUUAUCCGGGCGGAGGAGAUUUACGAACGGUACCUGCUGUAUCAAGAGGAUGAUGAAAUUCUUAAGUUGAGUCCAAUUUCGUUGGACGGCCCAAUGUCUCCUAUUGAGCUGCUGGAAAGGCCACUAAACUACCUGUCCCGAUACAAAGUGGUACAAGUUAUUGAAGGACGCAUAAUGCAGGUUCAAGAUGUAACAGAUAAAAAGUUUUAUAUAAUGAAGGGUAUUCGGAAGCCACCGGGUGGCUUUUCACAGGCGAUGUUUCCACAAGAUGUUCCCUAUAUGGUUCCAUUGGCAGCAUACUUCCAAUCAGAAUCUAGCGUUUUUCUGUUACUUAAACUAAUUUGUGGGGGGAAAUUGUGGGAUUAUAUCUCGAGUUACAGGAAGUCGAAAGAUCUUAUUGUCGAAAAUGAUGUAGAGAAUAUUGAAGAGCAGCGAAAUACCUCCGAUCUGGAGGCUAAAACGUUGGAAUCUUCUAACGAAUCUGAUUCCAGUCAAACCACUGGUUAUGACUCUGGCUUUAUUGAUCUCCUAAAUGAUUAUAACAGUAAAAAGACAUGUAGCGAAGAAACUAAUGUUAAAAAGACUGAUCGAAUAACGGAAGAGGUGUCGGAGGAUGCCCUAGAGGCGAUCGAUGAAGUAGAUCGCGUCGAGCCGGAAGGAGGUGAAGAGUUUGCUCCAUCAUUUGACGUCCUUUCGAAGGACAUGGAAGUCAGCGAUUUAGUAAACUGCAGCCAACAGUUGCUAAAGGCGGUUUCACAAACCUUGGAACAGGUUCAAACACAACCAACUGAUCUGUUGGAAAUCUCAGAUGUACCGGAGAAGCUUGAGGCAUCCGAUACAGAGCUUCCGAGGCGUCCUCGGAUAGAUACUAGUCAGUUAGAAUUAAGGAAACAAGAGGCGGAUGGGUGCGAACCGGAUCCGUUACCGGAAGGAUGCGUUAAACGAUGGAUUAGCGAGUUAAUUAUCGCAGUUGAUGCGCUUCAUUUCAACGGAAUUAUUUGCGGAGACCUAACAAUGGACAACCUUCUGCUCGGUGCGGAAGGGCAACUCAUGUUGACUUACUUCUAUCGAAAGGGAAAGUUUCCGAAUGCUGCAACACUGACGACCAUGCUGCGACAGGAUGCGGUCCAGCGGUUGUACGUUGCCCCGGAGAGACCACUGCAGGCUAAGUCUGAUUUUUGGUCUGUCGGCGUAAUUCUGUACGAAAUGCUCACGCGAAAGAGCUUUCAGUCUUGUCAUCCGGCUGGAAUAUUUUGCUAUCAUGAGAUUCAGUAUCCGGAGGAUGUCGAUGUUUCGGAAGAGGCUAAGGAGCUGCUCGAUGGGCUUCUCCAACCAUUGCCGGAGCACCGUUUCGACUUCAAAGAAAUUAUUGCAAGUGCAUUUUUCCACUCGAUCGAUUGGAGCGAUGUAAAACAAGCAGGGCACGCCUAAGCUAGAGUUAGAGCGCAAUAGAAUGUAACCAAGUCACGUACUACUAAACUACCACAAUAAGAAUUCAGUGCAAACGAUCGUAGUUAAAUGUUUAGUCAGUUUGAAAAGUAGUAAGCAUCUGUUAUUUAAAAUAUUACUGUAUCGUCGACCAGUUUUUCGUGCUAU